AUGGCCGUAUCAGGACGUAAACAAAGUGAUCUACAAGGAUCAGUAGCGGCAGGAUCAGCAGAAGAUUUUGAUCACUGCUGUGAGCCAUGUCUUACCACAGGUCAACGUAUAGAAGCUCACGGGUUUUGUGUCACUUGUCAAGAAUACCUCUGUAAAACUUGCCACGAUGUCCACAGAAAAACGAAAGUCUUACGAAAUCAUCAAUUACUGCAGCGUUAUGAUUUUGAUACGAUUCAAACAACAAGGAAAUCAAACAAUGAAUGCACUGAAAUGUGCCAAGUUCACAAAAAAGAAAUAAUCAAAUUUUAUUGUCCAUCACACCAUGCAUUCGGAUGCACUGAUUGCAUAACUUCAGGCCAUAGAACAUGUAAAGUUGAUUACAUACCUGAAAAGUGCGUAGGUGUCGCAGAUGGGAAGGAGUUCGAUGACGUCAAGCAGAAACUCGGCGAAAAAUUAAACGAAGCAUCAGAAAUUUCGAAGAAGGCUAAACGUAGUAGAGGCAACAUAAAUGAUUACAAUAAAGAAAUCAUCAAGGCGAUCACUGAAUUCCGAAAAGAAAUAAACGUCCGUCUAGAUCUGAUGCAAAAAGAUGCUUUAAAAAAUGCUGAUGAUAUAAAAUCCAACAACAACAAAAUUAUCCAAGUUGUCCUUGAUAGAUGUGAAAAUAUGAUUUCCGGUAUAAAAUGCUUACAAUCAAGUCUACAUGCAAGCAAAUCAAAUCAUCAUGACGGUCAACUCUACAUUGACAUAAAGCGGGCAGAAUCUACUCUGAAAUCAGAUGAAUUAAAUGAUGCACAAGUAACAUUAAUGGAUACCAAUAUGCACUACUCUUUUCAACGAAAUUCUGACCUGGAAACAUUGUUGUCUAAAACAAUGGUCUUUGGUGAGAUUGUCAAUCAGUCUCGUCAUGAAUCUACAAAAGUGACAAAGGCUGAUCGUCUGAUUGGUAUACUGGAUGUCAAUGUUAAAACUUCUUCAAAUGAGGCAAAUUGUGAAAUUACAGGAUGUGCUGUUAUCAACACAAAUAAGCUGGUUCUAGCUGAUAGAAUAAACAAGAAGAUAAAAUUAAUAUCUAUAGAUAACAGACUUGUACAAGAAGAGAUAUCUCUAGACUCAGGGCCAUGGGAUAUUGCUGUAAUGUCUCAGGAUCAGUUCGCUGUAACAAUGCCGUUUAUCAAAGAAAUAUUUGUCAUGACAACACACGAUAAGCUAUCACAUGUCCGCCGUAUAAAAUUGGAUAGGCAUUGCUAUGGUAUAGACUUUAAUCAUGAUUGUCUUUAUGUUGCUUGUUUGCCUCCUCCUAGUGUGAUUGUACUGAAUACACAAGGUGAUAUCCUGAAUAACAUCAUUCUGAGCUUUCUUUCACCUCGCUAUACCCCGUAUAUUGCCGUGAGAAAGGAUUCCGAAAUUCUGUAUAUCAGUGACAAUUGUAACGACAAUAUAACGAGUGUAUCAUUACAAGGAAAAGUUACAGCUACAUAUAAGCAUACAGAUCUUAGCAGACCACGUGGAAUGUUGGUGUUAGAUGACGGGUCAUUACUUGUCUGCUGUUAUAAAAAUGGAACAAUUCAUAAAGUCAAAGGAGACUUGAAGCAUGGGAAGAUAAUGUAUAAAGGUGAAGAUGGAGACCUUCUUCAAUCAAUAUGCCACAGUUCACGCUAUGCUAAGAUCUAUGUUGGUUGCGUUGGAGACCAGUUGAAAGUUUUUAACACACAAUGA